AUGUUCAGCACACCGGCCCCCGAACCGACUGAGCCCGCUAACGUGUCAGAAGCAUCAACCAACGCGGCACCAAUCCCAGUCAGAGCAGUACUGACGUGGGACGAGGAGCCAUGGAUCCUCCACGUAGAUGGCUCGUCCAACCAGCGAGGAAGCGGUGCUGGACUAAUACUAUACGGCCCGAGCGAGGUGAAGUUGGAGUAUGCUCUUUUGUUCGGAUUCGAGGCAUCGAACAACGAGGCAGAGUAUGAAGCACUAAUUACCGGGCUAAACUUAGCGAAGGAAAUGGGUACAAAACAUCUCAUCAUGUGCAGUGACUCACAACAGGUAGUUAACCAAGUCAAUGGUGACUACGAAACACGUGACUCGACUAUUGCGGCCUACUUAACCAAAGCCAGGGAGAUCCUACCAGGCUUCAACUCUUGUUUCAUCAGGCAAAUUCAGAGGUCUGAGAAUGCUGAGGUCGACGCCUUAUCAUGA